AUGUUUGAUCAAAAAGAUUCUCCAAACCGAUUAGUUUGUGAUGAUAUUCCUGCAGAUAAAGUUGGAGAUAGUAUUUGUACAGUUUAUAUUUCCAUCAACAAAUCUACUGAACUUGAGUUAUUCAGAGGAGAAACAAUUCUUCUUAAAGGAAAAAGAAGAAAAGAAACUGUUUGUUUAGUUGAAGUGUUAGAAGAUUAUCCUGAUAAUCAUAUUCAAACGUCUCGUGUUACUCGUAAUAAUUUGCACGUUAAAUUAGGUGAUGUUAUAACUAUUCAUAAACUUGAAGACGUUCCAAAUGCACAAGCCAUUCAUGUACUUCCUUAUAUGGAUACUAUUGAAGGAUUAACAGGAGAUUUAUUUGAUCCAUUCCUUAGACCUUAUUUUGCUAUUGGAUAUAUACCAGUUACUCAAGGAGAUGUUAUUCAAUGUCAUGGAGGAAUGAGAACUGUUGAAUUUAAAGUUGUAGAAUUAACUCCAGGUCCAUAUUGUUUAGUUACUUCAGAAACUGAAAUUCAUUGUGAAGGAGAACCACUUGAAAGAGAAGAAGAAGGAGGACCUAAUGAUAUUGGGUAUGAUGAUAUUGGAGGUUGUAGACAACAAUUAAACAAGAUCAGAGAGAUGGUUGAAUUACCAUUAAGACAUCCACAAUUAUUUAAAAAUAUUGGUAUUAAACCACCACGUGGUAUUUUAUUAUAUGGACCACCAGGAUGUGGUAAGACAAUGAUUGCACGAGCUAUUGCCAAUGAAACUGGAGCCUUUUUCUUCCUUAUUAAUGGACCAGAAAUUAUGAGUAAAAUGGCAGGAGAGUCUGAAAGUAAUUUACGAAGGGCUUUUGAAGAAGCAGAGAAGAAUUCCCCUGCUAUUAUUUUUAUUGAUGAGAUUGAUUCUAUUGCACCAAAAAGAGAUAAGUCUGGAGGAGAAGUUGAAAGACGUGUUGUAUCACAAUUAUUAACUCUUAUGGAUGGAUUAAAGGCUCGUAGUCAAGUUAUUGUUAUUGCUGCUACUAAUAGACCAAAUACAAUUGAUGUUGCAUUAAGAAGAUUUGGUAGAUUUGAUAGAGAAAUUGAUCUUGGUAUUCCAGAUACUGAAGGAAGAAAAGAAAUUCUUCAAAUUCAUACUAAGAAAAUGAAAAUUGCAGAUGAUGUUGAUUUAGAUGUUCUUGCUAAUGAAACACAUGGUAUGGUUGGUGCAGAUAUUGCACAAUUAUGUACUGAAGCAGCUAUGUUAUGUAUUAGAGAAAAAAUUGAUCAAAUUGAUUGGGAUGAUGAUACUAUAGAUGCUUCAUUAAUUGAAUCACUUGUAGUCACAAUGGAACAUUUCCGUACUGCUCAACAAAAGGUUAACCCAGCAUCUAUUAGAGAUGUUGUUGUUGAAGUACCAAAUGUAAAAUGGGAAGACAUUGGAGGACUUGAACAAACAAAGAACGAAUUGAAAGAGAUUGUUCAAUGGCCUGUCCUUCAUCCAGAGUUAUUUAAACGAUAUGGUCAACCACCUUCAAGAGGGGUUUUGUUUUAUGGACCACCAGGAUGUGGUAAGACAAUGAUGGCAAAGGCUGUUGCUAAUGAGUGUCAAGCAAAUUUCAUUUCAGUAAAAGGUCCUGAACUAUUAACUAUGUGGUUUGGUGAGUCUGAAGCAAAUGUAAGAAAUAUUUUUGAUAAAGCUAGAGGAGCAGCACCAUGUGUAUUAUUCUUUGAUGAAUUGGAUUCUAUUGCACAAUCUAGAGGAUCAAAUAACGGUGAUUCUGGUGUAAGUGACCGUGUAAUUAAUCAAUUAUUAACUGAAAUGGAUGGAAUGAGUUCUGCCAAAACAGUGUUUAUUAUUGGAGCAACAAACAGACCAGACAUUAUUGAUCCUGCUUUAACGAGACCUGGAAGACUUGAUCAAUUAAUCUAUAUCCCAUUACCAGAUCUUGAGGCACGUGUAGGAGUCUUACAAGCUAAUUUGAGAAAAUCACCUGUUGCACCAGAUGUAAACCUUCGUGAUAUUGCUAAUGCAACUGAAGGAUUUUCUGGAGCAGAUCUUACUGCUAUUUGUCAAAGGGCUGUUAAACUUGCAAUUAGAGAGUGUAUUAAAAAAGAAAUUGAAAUUCAAGAAAGUGGACUUGAUAUAGUAGAAGAUCCUGUUCCAUUUAUUACUAGAAAACACUUCGAAGAAUCUAUGAUAACUGCUCGUCGAUCUGUUUCUGAUCAAGAUGUUAGAAGAUAUGAGUCAUUUGUUAAUACACUGAAACAGUCAAGGGGAUUAGUCAAUUCAAUUCCACAAGAACAGCCUAACCAAAGAAAUAGUUCAACUUCUCAACAACCUAAUACAGCUCAAAAUUUAGUGAGUGACUUACUAAGAGAUGACCAUAAUCAAAAUAAUGGAAAUGGUGAAGAAGAUUACUAA